UUGAGCAAGAGGGUUUUUGCCAAGGCAGGUUGUUGGAACCCCUCUUCCCAUUAAUACUGAAGUCAGGAGAGACACCAGGAGCUGCUUCAUCGCAAGAAGGUCCUAGAAGCCCUGCUUCCCCUGGAAUUUUAGCUGGAGAAAAGGCCACAGCACAAUGAAGCUGUGCACAGGAAUUGUUUUCUGCUCCUUAGUCCUGGGAGUCAGCAGUGAAAGCUGGUAUUCAUUCUUCAAGGAGGCUAUCCAAGGGACUGCGGACUUGUGGAGAGCCUAUUGGGACAUGAGAGAAGCCAAUCACCAAAAUUCAGAGAGAUACUUCCAUGCCCGGGGGAACUAUGAUGCUGCUCAAAGGGGACCUGGGGGCAUCUGGGCUGCUAAAGUGAUAAGCACUGCUGGCAAGUAUUUUCGGGGACUCCUAAAUCAGUAUUAUUAUGGAGGUGGCCAUCGUGGAUGGGAGAACAUUCAAGCCAACCGGAAGGCUGAAGAGUGGGGCCGAAGUGGCAAAGAUCCCAAACACUUCAGACCUUCCGACCUGCCUGAGAAGUUCUGAGCUUGCCACUCCUGCUGCUGUCAGGAAAUUAGGCUGGGGGCCACACACCUCUCCUGAAUGCUGGGCUUCGUGUCCCAGGGACUGGUACAGGGCAUCCAGAGUUGUCCAAUAGAUGUUUUCAAAUUUAAUUUCUUGAUGGAAACUAGAAACUUUGAGAUCGACUUUUUGAGAAAAACGGUCAUCUUGUGUCACAAUGAAUGUAAACAGCCCCAUAAAGGAGGCGCCUGUGACUGUGGGGUUGCAAGGACCCCCAACUGGCCCGUGACAAUAAAGGUCCCUCACAUUA